AUGGAUCAUGAUGCUUCUGAUAAUGCAAAUGGCAAUGUUGGAGACAGAGAUCCUAAACGUAUGAAGGAUGGUACUAGUUCUGAGACUAAUGAUGGCGGUGAGAAGGGAUCAUCUGCACCUCCUCAGGGAAACUCUCUUGCUAUCUUCCCUAUGCCCAUUGUCUCAAAAGAUGGGUUAUCAAGUGAAUCUGUUUGUGUUUCGGUUGAAAGAAACAUACACAAUGGCUUUUCUCAAGAUGGUGGUGACGGGAACAGUAAGGUGCAGCCAAUUGCACUUACACAUACUGAUGGACAUGGUGGGCAGAUUUUGGGUCAUCUUGUGCAUGGCCGGUGGCUGAGGUGGCCCGGCCCAUUUUGCAUGGCCCUCCUCAUGCGACGUACAGGGGAUCGCCCAAGUCAUCGCCACAAGGGAGCGGGGCUCCAGCGACGCCGACUCCAGCUGCUCACCAUGGUUCUCACCUACACUGACUACUCCUCAUAAUUAUGGAGGUAUUUCGGAGGGUGCUGUUUUGGCCGCACAAUCGAGUGGAAGACUACGUGCCCGGCCCAACGCCGACGCCACUCAGAUGAAGAGGGCAAUGUUGCUUGCUCAGCGUCAUGAUAUGCCUCCGGCAUUGGCGGAGCUUCGUU